AUGGCUCCUCUUAUCCUGCAUAAUGUUCCCGACGAGGAAUGCUACGUUGGCGAAGAUGGUGUUAGGCGGCCAUAUGCCAUGUACUUUAACCAGCACGAAGCACCCACCGGCGGCUCGAGAUCACGGCGCAACGUCGCAGAAUCCGGCGCCUUCGGGAAAUCGACCCGGCGCUCGAGAUCGCGGACCGGCACGCCUGCUCGGAGCCGCGAGAAUCCCACCCUUGCUGCUGCCGACAAGCUCUUUGGCGACUGGGUCUCGAACCAGCAGGCUGCCGCGCCCGUCACCAGCAUCCAGCGCAAGAGCAGCGGGCUGUCGCAGGACGACGCCCCUCCUCAGCGAGCCGUGCCUCGCACCCCCGUCGAGCUGAUUCUCCGGGGCUACCGCUCGUCGUCGCAGCAGUACGCCGCCGUCUCGCACUACGAGCAGCUCGCCGGCGCCAUCCUGGAGGACUACCCCCGCCAGCCUCCCGCCUCGCAGCGGCGGUACAAGUCCGAGCUGCGCGAUCCCGCCCUUACGCGCCGGCGAAACCUGACCGCCGACGAGAGGGCCCUCGUGAACCGCGCCGACGGCGGCGAGCACUGGGUCAAGGUGACGUUUGAGAGCGCCGAGGCUGCCAGCGCGGCCACGUACGCGAGCCCCCAGCGGAUCCUGGGCUACUUGGUGCAUGCCGAGCCGUACCGGGGCAUCCCGCCUGCCAAGGACGAGGCCUGUCCCGACGUCGAAAGCGUCGCUGACGGGGAGCACGGGCGGUCGCUGAGCAUGCCCGCCGCCUCCGUGCGGACGCCCUAUCGGAAGAGCUCGAGCGGGAUGCCCACCACGCUCCGAAGCCGCUUGCUGGACCUCUCCCCGGCCGACUCGCGGACCUCUAGCCAGACGCUGGACACGGCCACGUUGACGACGACGUCGCGCUCCUCUGCGACCAUGACGGACGCGUCUGCCCUCGGCGGCUCUGGGGCGGAGCCCGCGGAGACCAAGGACGGCGACGGCAUCUUUUGCCGGCGGAUCCCGACGGCCCGCCGCGCCCGCCUGCUCCCUGCCGAGCAGGCUCUGCUCCCCCAGCAGUCCGUGAUGCAGCGUUUCGUGAACGCGGUUCCGUUUGUUAAGUGGUUCAGCGGAAGCAUGAUUGGGAACGAGGUGCCGCGAACCGACGCCGGAGAGUUUGACUGGGGCCGGGCCAGCCUGUACUGGAAGAUGAUAUGGUGGCUCGACGCGACCUUUGGCCUGUUCAGGGGGGACGUCUACAGCGUCGACAAGGACGACUAG